UGAACAUCCCCGCAUUCUGUACUUGGUCUUCGACACCGCUCGCAAAUCGCACACGCUCCAUCUGCAACGACGAUUCUAGUUAUGUCGAAACUGGCCUUAUCUGUAGCGGUGGCCUUCCUUGUGGCCGUGAGUGGGGAGCGGCUCGACCACCUGGUGCCACAAGGGUACGCACCAGCCAGCGCGAGCGCCUUCAACGGCCCAGCGGGAGGCUCGCCGCCUUUCCACUUCGAAAAUGUCAACAAUGGCGACGGAACGUAUCGAUUUAGCUAUGACACGCCAAACGGUAUAUCAGCCCAUGAGAGCGGAGCGCCGCGCGCGCAGGGACCCGAAGGCCCCGCGGUGACAGCCGAAGGUGGCUUCUCAUACCGCACUCCAGAUGGACAGCAGAUAUCGCUGACCUACACUGCGGAUGAGAAUGGGUUUCAUCCCGUCGGUUCGCACCUGCCCACGCCGCCGCCCAUCCCAGAAGCUAUCCAGCGAGCCAUCGAGUUUAAUAGACAACAUCCGUCCUCGGACAGCGGCUCUGGUUCCUUCAAUGGAGGGCGUAAUGGUUACCACUACUAGAAAAUGCACAUUCAUCCUCGGUUUAUGGAUAUGUAUACCGUACCUCAUAAUAUACGCAAGGACUGUGAUAUCGAUUUAAUGAGUAAUGAAAUAUGUAGCUCAUUGUGAACGUGUAACAUAUAAAUAAAAAAUAAAGUCGUGCUACAUACAA